AUGGAAAUUAUAAUUGCAAUUGCCUCAAAAAUUGGACAGUACUUGGUCAAACCGAUAGGAAGAGAGUUUGGCUAUUUGUUUAAUUACCAUUCCAACCUUGAAAGUCUUCAGGCCGAGACAAAAAAGCUUUUUGACAAGAAAAAUGGAGUGCAGGGAUUGGUAGAUGCUGCCAAAAGGAACGGUCUAAUCAUCAAACCUGAUGUUCAGAGUUGGCUACAGAAUGUGAACGACGACAUGGUCAAAAAAGUGUUGCAGUUUGAGGUUGAAAUUAACAAGCGAUGUGUGUGUCAAUGGAGCCUGAGUCGGAAAGCCUAUAAGAUUAAACAAGAAGUUCUUCAGCUCCAAAACGAAGGAACAUUUGAAAAUGUGGCCCAUCCUGCACCUCCACCAGCGAUAUGGUCAACAUUCGAAAAAGGAUUUAAGGAUUUUCAGUCCAGAAAGGCAAACAUGAAUGAGGUGAUAGAGGGUUUGAAGAGGGAAGAAGUACGUAUGAUCGGGAUUUGUGGAAUGGGGGGUGUGGGUAAAACCACAAUGAUAAAAGAAAUCAUGACAAGAUUGGCAAAACUGAACCUGUUUGAUAAAAUUGUAAUGGCAACUGUGUCUCAAAGUCCAAGUAUUAGGACUAUCCAGUCGGAAAUUGCAGACGAAAUAGGUUUGCAAUUUAAGGAGGAAUCUGAGUCCGGAAGAGCACGAAGGCUACAUGGGAGACUCAUGGGCAUAGAGAGGAUCCUGAUUGUAUUAGAUGAUGCAUGGACAGAGCUUGGUUUUGCGGCUAUAGGACUUCCUUACGGAGAUGCUCAUAAAGGGUGCAAAGUUUUGUUGACAUCACGAGAUUCGGACGUUUGCAACAGGAUGGGAAGUCAACAAAUUAUUGCAGUCCCGAUUUUAACAACAGAAGAAUCAGAGGAGCUGUUUCGAGAAAUGGUGGGUGAAUCCUUUAAUGAUCCUGAUUUACGUUCCACUGCAAAAGAUGUAUUGAAGGAAUGUGGAGGUUUACCUAUUGUAAUUGUAACUGUUGGAAAAGCCCUAGAAAAGAAAAACAAGCAUGAAUGGGAUGAUGCCCUUAAUCAGUUGCGAAAUUCUACCCCAGUGAACAUCCCUGGAGUGAAUGACAAAGUUUAUUCUAGCAUAAAAUGGAGUUAUGAUAGAUUGGAGAGUGAUGAAGCCAGGUCAUGUCUUUUACUUUGUUGUUUAUUUCCAGAAGAUUAUGAUAUUCCAAUUGAGUACUUGGUUCGAUAUGGGUGGGGUCGAGAAUAUUUUAGCAGCAGCUUUACUUUGGAAGAUGCAAGAAUAGAGUGCAUUCUUUGGUUGGCCAACUAA